GUGUUACAAUGGUUUACAAAGUUAUUACUCUUUUCUGUUUGGUUUUGUUAAUAUCUAAUAUUGCAGCCUUCGUGAAAAGAGAUGUAUCGCCUCCACAAACAAAUGUACUGCAAUCCAUACAGGCAAAUGUGGACGAGUUCAGAAAAUGUGUUGACCAAGUUCUGGCUAAUUCGGUAAAUCAAGUCAGUACGCAGCAACUACAGCCGAUAUUCAGUGUCAUUGGUGAUCAAGUCAAUAGAGUUUCAAAGGCGAUUCAAGACCUGACUGCUCCAUCUCCAGCUUCUAAUGCAAAUUAAUUUAUAAAAUAUAAACUAUUAAUGUAUUUUG